AGGAGACAGCACGGCAGUCAGUGUAGUUCAAGCAUUACUUAAAUUUAGUACGCAUCAUGGAAAUCCUUUAACUGUAGUUACUGACAACGGUCCGGAAUUUAACAAUCAAGUUAUAUCUGAGUUCUUCAAUCUUCAUAAAAUCCAGCAUCAUAAGGUCGCACCACAUACUCCUAACGAAAAUGGUAUCGUUGAAAGAUUUCACUUGACACUCUUAGAACACCUUCGUAUCUUUAGAAUCAGUCAAAAGAAUGAAUCAGUAAGGAACCUGAUACCUUAUGCUCUUCUAGCUUACAAUAGCAGUAUUCAUAGUUUCACAAAAUGCAGACCAAUCGAAAUAGUAACUGGACAUUUUGACCCACGCGACCCACUCGACAUAGACCUCACGACACAUGUCUUACAGCAGUACAUACAGGAUCAUAAAAAUAGAAUGAAAAUUACAUAUAACCUUAUCCACGAAUCCUGUAGUAGUCUACGCAGAGAUUUAACUAAUAGUCGUAAUAGAACUAGAGAGCCCGAAGCAAAUUAUUCCCCAGAGCAACAAGUUUUUGUUAGAAACCCUGUUGCCUCUCGUCAAAAGGCAGCUCCCCGCUAUACUCAGGAUGUAGUUGUGGCAAAUCUCCCAAUCCACAUUUACACUAGAAAAAAACGAGGCCCAAUCGCGAAGUCAAGACUAAAGAGAGUUCCUAACACUGCCCAAUUGUUGCAGGAUCCUCCUUAUAAUCAAUCUACUUCUGCAGCCAGUGGUAAUGCAGGAGAUCCAACAUGAUAGAGAGUAUUAUGAUAUUAUAGGAUUAGGUUCGUAUUAUGUAAGAAACGAAAUAUUCAUAGUUUAUAAAUUUCCUAUAAUUUUAACCCAAGUAUAUGAUAUGUAUAAAUUAUCCAUUGUACCCAACAAGAAUCAUGAGAUCCUAAUUCCUUAUCAUCCAUUCCUGGCAAUAAGCUUGAACGAGUACAGGUACAUAGAGGCUGAAUGCCCGAAGACCAGCAAGGGUUAUCUAUGUGCCGAUAUUAGAAGCUUACAGCGUGAACCUUCAAAUCAACCAGAUUGUAUCCAACAACUUAUAACCGCCCAAAAUAGAAGUAGGUUUUGCCAUCCAGUGAAAGUAACUUUGGAAAAACCAGCGUUCGAGCAACUUGACGAACGUCACUAUACAAUGAGUUUUCCGCUGCCCACGAAAGUUCACCUAUCGUGUGGCCACGACCUGUACCGGACACUUCGAGGCAGCUACUUGGCAGUAAUUCCACAAAAUUGCUUUUUGAAAACGCCAGAGUUUAUGAUUCUCAAUAGAAACGAUCGCAUAAAAGGCCAAGCAAUUCAAGUUAUGGAUUUACCUAAAGAAGAACCCUCUGACUCAAGACCAUCUCCGCAUUAUGAAUUGAAGUCCACAAAACUGGAUCACCUACAUCAUGCAAGUGCAAAGGUUUCAUCUCAAACACCUAUCACUUUACCUCCGAGUUCGGACCACGGAAGUAUUUACCACACAACCAUACCCAUAUACACCAUAUUGGUUGGAACCUGCGGACUGAGUAUAAUCAUCAUAGUUUAUCGUAAAAUACAGCGCACGAAGACAUUGCAGAUAAGAAGCACAGCCGAAAUUCAGACUUCUUCAUCCGAUGACCUCCCGGCGCAAUUCACAGCCAAGGUGUUCCAUAAGCGCCGAUCUGAUGGGGGAGGUGUUACGCAGGCGAAGCCGGCGGCUGAUACAUAGUGAGCCAGCGCAACAUGCAUUCCCAUUCCCACGUACGAAUACGACCCGUAUAGCUGACGCGGCGUAAUACCAGAACCCGCGCGAUGUGGGAAUCGUAAUAUUAAGUUAGAAUAUUCUCAUCCUUAGAGAUAAGCACUAGUUUUUAGUCUUUUCAUUUAAAUGUAACUUUGAAUAUAAUUAUUAUAAGGAUAUUAUC